UGAACCUGCCUCUAUCUCUUUCGGCCUCGUUUCUUGUACACUCCACUCUUCUGGAACAGUCUUGUGGCAGAGAGACCCAUGGAGGAUAGUAGGAUUUUUCAUAACGUUCAGCUAAAUGUAACUUACAAGCUCUCCUUCAACACUGACCAGCUUACUGAACAGCUUGUAGAAGGUGCUUUCACUCAAGCGUUUCAGCAAUACAAGGAGCUCGGUGUGAAGGUAGAGGGCAUAAGGUUUCUUAAAGAUGAUGGAAUUGUCUUGAUUUUAAUUUCAGCACCCAAUGAAGGAGUGGUAAGAGAGGUCGAUGGUAUGUUUCCUUUUGAUCAAAACAUUCAUUUUGUAAAGAAAUGGAUCCAUCAUUUUGGAAGACAAUCAAUUGCAAUUUUACGCAAUCCUCCUAGAGUCAGUCCUGAUUAUGUUCAAGAUAUCCUGGAAGAUACUGAAAGAAUUAAUGCUGAAGUAUCACGAGAUGGAAACGAUAUUAAAGUUGUUUUAGAAAAUGCUACAGAUUUACCUUACCUUGUAAGCAAGACAUUCACUCUGAAAAAAACUCCUGUGCACUUUCAAGAGUCAGAGCCCCCUGUUCCUGAGGAGGGCAGCAUGAGAGUGAUUGAUGAUGAGCUACAAGUUGAUGAAGAGCUACUAGUUGAUGAAGAGGUCAAUUCAUAUAGCCAAAUAAAGGUGGUGAGUCAGGAGGCUCCACCACCACACAAUUUCAACAGCAUCAGAUCUUAUAAUCGGUCUCCAGUCCAUUCGUAUUCAAGUUCCUCAAGAAUUCCUCCAAGCAUGCAUGUUGCUGGUGGUGGUAGUAGGAAAGCUGUUGAAGUUACUAGUGAAUACGGAAGUGGUAAUGAACUCGAAAGACAGUUGCGAGGUCGCUUUAACGAGGAACUUUAUAAGAUUGAUGAAAUAUUUGUUGAUGGAGCAACUGCUUGUUUUACUUUUACUUCUGAACAAGGAAUCAUUGCUUUAGAGAAUAAGCCACUAAGCAUCCUAAAUGGUUACCCCAUUGAGUGUCGUAUUGUGUCUCUGGAAUAUUUUGCUGAAUUUAAGAAGAGACUAAGUGAGAAGGAGGUAUUAGUCAUACGUGGUCUUCCAAGUGGCAUGCCUGAGGCCAAAGUGAAGGUUUCUUUAAAGCGACGCCUUGGGUUUGAAGGGCAUAUAAUCAAGGACUGCAUUAUAAAGGGAACUGAAGCUCAUAUGACUUUUGAAGAUAACAAAUCUGUCAGACAACUAGUUUCAAAUCCACCUGACAAUAGCGAGCUGUUAGGUCAUCCUAUCACUUAUUCAACUGGACCGGCUCCUUCACCAAAACCUGUUGAUCCUCGGCCUCACGUCGUGGUUGAGAACCUGCCUGACGUUGAUGAAAUUGAUGAUGAUUUGGUUAGUUUUAUGAAUAAAACCACAAAUUCAUCAGUAGCUUCUUGUGAGAUUAAGAAUGGAAGAGGAUAUCUUUAUUAUCAUAAUCCUGAAGAUGCAAAAAGGGUUGUUCAAGCUCCUCCCUCUUCCUCUUUUUAUGGUCAGAAACUCAAAGUGACUCUAAAGCACUCUGAAUCAGUACCCAGUGACAUGUCUGAAUAUAAGAGUAGUCUCCAACCUCCUCCAAAACAGCGUAUCAACACAUCACCAGCCGCUAUGAAAAGGCCUGUAGCUAAACCUCGGUCCUUAACUGACUUGAUAAUUGUUGAGAAUAUACCACAGGAAGAGGAUGAGAGUCAUCUUUCGACGUACUUCUAUUUUUUGUGUGGAGUUAAGUCCAGCAUCAGUGAAAGGAAAGGAGUAGGAGCAGCUGUUAUCAAAUUUGAUGAUAAAAUAGAUGUGAAGUUAUUGAAAGAAAAGUCACUGGGCUGUCCAUUUGGUAAAGAUCAAGUGCAGCUAGUCAUUGAGCCUUAUAGACCGAACAGUGCUCCUUUGAAUGAAGCUACAUGUAGCUCUGACAAUCUCACUGACAAUAUCAUAGUCAGUGGGUUGUCUUCUGGUAGUCAGAGCUGGAUGCUUAAAGCAUACCUCAAUCGAUUUGGAUUGAAAUGUGAUGAUCCACAGAUGACAGAUGGUGGGGCCUCAGCUAUUGUAAAGCUCAAUACUAAAGCAGAUGUCUCUUUGCUGCAGCAAAGUAUUGAGAUCUCUCCUUAUCCUGGCCAACGACUUUCUGUAGAGCCUUAUAAUCCUCCUGAUGCUUAUGAUGGGGCUCCUGUUACUAAUAGCAGAUCCCGUUGUAGUGGUGUUUCUAGUUUUAUAGUGGUGAAGGAGAUACCUCUCAAUACAGCUGAUUAUAGUAUAAAAUUGUAUAUUGAUGCACUGCAUGGUAGCCAAGUUUGUAUGGACCCUCAGUUCAACCCAGAAACUGGUAUUGCUGUCAUUGAAUUGAAAGAGUCAAUUGAUGUUAAAGAACUUAGAAGAAAAGCUAUGAAGGAACCUUUUCCUAAUGGCAAAGUUGUUCUCAAUAUUGAUGUCUUGAAGCCAUCUACAAGUGUCCGGAUUGAACCUUUAACUUCUGAUGUUAUUCCUCGACAUGUUAUUGAAAUGUAUUGUGAACAGUUUGGUGAUAAUAUUGUUGAACUUGAUGAAACAAAGGGUGGCUGCUAUAUUGUCACUUUCAACACCAGAGAAAGCCAGCAGAAGAUGUUUAGUCUCUCACGCAUUCACUCUGUAGGAAAGCAUCAGUUUAUUGCGGAAGAAUACAAUCCAUUACUUAAACCAGCUCGAUCCCCUUCUCCCCCUCCUCCUAUCAUUCCUCCUUCUAUCAUUCCUCCACCUAUACCUCCACGAGCAGUAUAUUCUUGGACUUCAUACAGGAAAGCCAUAUCUCGUGAAGCAAUGGACUACUAUAUGCACUACACGAAAGAAAUAAACGAGAAACUGAUCGAAGGGAAGCUUCGUGUCGGUCCAAGUUCACUUGAAGUAGAGCCACUUGCUGGAGCAAACGAUAUUGAUGACUGGGAUGUACAAGUCAGACGUGUUAUUGAUGAGUACUCUCAGGACUUUGAGAGUGCAGAAAUAAAAGUGCCAGCAGAAGUGCAGACAAAAGCAAUAGAUUACAUUGAAAGCAUAAGAAAUGUUCAUCCUGAUCUUCAUUAUAGCUUUCAUCCUCCAGCUCUUAUUAAAAUAUGUGGUCAUUCUGCAACAUUACGUAAAGCAUCCACAGAGCUUGAAAAAAUGACACAAGAAGAAAUCCAGAUAACGCUACAACUGGAGAAGCACCCUCGUUAUAUUGAGUACAUACUCAAGUUUGCGAAUGAUGACAUUAAGUCGGUUCGUCCUCCAGUAAAAAUAGAAUAUGAAAGGGAGAGGAGACCAGGCUGUGUUACUGUCCAUGGCGUGAAGAAGUCUCUUGAUAAAGUGGAGGAUCUGGCAGAGAAGAAGAUAAAAGGUGCAUUCACUGAGACCAUACCAUUAACCACAUCAGCCAAUAACCUACUCCAGAGUCGCGACGGUAGAACUAAAAUCAGUAAAGCACUAGGACCUACAGAACACUCUGUUCUGUAUGUUUUUGAAAAAACUGAUACACAUCACGACUUCCAAGCACAAAUAUGCAUCCUCUCUCCUGAGAUUGUUCCGUGUGCUGCAGCUAAGAAAUGUAUUAGCUCUCUCAUUGUAGAAGAGAAGCUGACACUUUCACCUGAUGAAGCUGCUCUCUGCACAAGUCAGGAAUGGGGUACCAUGUGUGCCAAACUAACAGAUCAGUAUUUUGUUAGGAUUAGCAUUGUUGCCAAUGAGUUUGUGCUUCUGACCGGAGAAGAUAAAAUAAUGAAUGCAGUCCUGAAUGAGAUCAAGCAGUUUCUAAACACGCAAAAUGCAGUCACAGAUAAACUGGCAGUUAAGAGUACAGUGUGGCAGAUUAUAGGGGAUGGGCAUAAAUGCAAAGAAAUCGAGAAGACAGCCAAGAAGCAAAAAGUAAAGCUCACCUUUCCUACCAAAGGAGGUCCAGGUCAAGAUGAGGUCAUCAUUUUGCUCAAAGGUGAAGCUAAAGCUGUGAGUCAUGUGAAGGUCCAGUUACAAAUGCUAGUGGAUGAAGUCAAGGAGAGACGAUUAGUAAUUCCACACAAAGUAGGCCUCAAGAAAUUGAUUGAUCGUGGAACAGUGAGGUUCGAAUGCAAUGGAAUUGAGGCCAAUAAUGAUGUAAAGAUAAGCUUCCAAGUUGAGGAAGUCUCUGAUCGUCUCUUUGCUCCUAAAGGAGGAGCUGCUUUAGCCAACACACCUCAUUGCGUGAUUGGAGCUACUUCACCAAAUGGCAUCAAAAUCAAAGUAUAUACGGGAGACCUGGCCAUAAAGAGAGCUGAUGCACUAGCAAUAUUUGUCUGUGAUGCUACAACCGUUGAUGAUCCAGUGAUGGCUUCAAUAGCUGCUGUAGGUGGAGCUGAAAUGAGAAGCACAAUAGAAGCAUUUACUGCACGGCAACGUCUCAUCGAUGCUACAGUGCACAAAUGUGCUACUGUAGGUAAACUGGAUUAUGCUGAAGUCUAUCACGUGGUCCUUCCCAAGUAUUCUAGCAAGAGUCCUAAUCUUGGGACAAUAAUUGAUGCUUCAAUGCAUGAUCUGUUUGAGAAGGUGUGCCCGAGAGUACGUGAUAUCAUCAUUGCUCCAUUGACUGGCCCUCCACACAAGUAUCCAGUUGAACUCUGCGCUCAGUCUCUCCUCAAUUAUUUCUCAUCUGCUAGUUUUGGUAUUUAUAAUGAUAUCUCUGUUGGGAUAUUUAUCGAGAAAGACAGAGACAAAGUGGUUUUUCAUAAGAAGUUGCAGGAGCUCAAAUACAGUGUCCAUCAUUUUGAUGAUUCAUCAAAAGGUGGUGGUGGUGGUGCUACUAGUUUGAAGAUACAAUUGUUCAAUGGCGAUGUCACUAAAGCUCCAGCAGAUGUGAUAGUCAAUAGCACAUCAAUUGAAAUGAGACACGAUGCUAAUGCCAUAUCAAAGGCAAUACAUAAAGCGGCUGGAGACGACUUAAAAAGAGCCUGUAAGAGUCUGAGGGAUCAAGGAGUCCUGCUCAAAGAUGGAUUUGUAGUCUCCACUCCAGCCAGUGGUUUGCUGAGAUGUAAUAAGAUCAUUCAUGCUCAUGUUCCUGGGAAAUCCAAGAACAGACCACCCACUGACAAGGAAACUUCAACACUCAAACGAGUUGUUUCCAAUUGUUUAACUACGGCCGAUGAAGAGGGAGAGUCCUCUAUUGCUCUUGCAGCAUUCUGUCUUGGUAUUGGUGGCUUUACAGUGGAGGAAUCAGCUGAACCAACUCUCGAAGCAAUUAAAGAAUUCACUCUGACUAAGCCAUCGAACCUCAAAGAAGUGAGCGUAUAUGCACUAGAUAAAGCACUGUUUCCUCAGUAUCGCGAUUAUUUCUCAACAUAUUUUGCGUCCGAUGCAACUGUUACCCCUCUUGAUCCAUCCAAUGGUCCUGAAGGGGUUUCAGUCACUCUACAGCCAGUAGCAAUACCCAGACAAAGGACUACAACAACCGUUGGAGGGUUGCCCGGUCAAAAAACCUUUAAGGUUAGCUUUUGGAUUCACGGUACAGUGGCCGAGAAGUUGAGUCAGGCAGAGAGAGAUGUGUACAGGUUUAUUGAUGAUUUAAUAGUCGAUGACAUGGUCGAUCUUGGUGACAUGACUAACCUUCUCAGUCAGUCUGAUCGCGAGAGUAUUUUAAAGUUUGCUUCUGAGCAAGAGGUGGAGAUUAAUAUUCAAGCCAGUUUGAAUAGAGUACUCGUCAGUGGAGAAGAGAGAGCUGUAGAGAAGGUCUGCAAUGACAUACAAAGGAGAAUCAUGAACUUAAAUGCUCUCUUGCACCAACUCCACAUGUUUGAGUGGUUGGUUACUAAUAGAGAUGGCACAGAGGAGCCUUAUAAAGCAGAACAGGCAAGGCAGCUUGAAGUAGCUCAUCAGCGAAAGGAGGAAUUUGUUAAGCUCGAGAUUGAUGGCAUUAAAUGCAUUGUGAACCUGAGGAUGAUGGAGGAGACUGAAGAUAUAUCAAGAGUGACAAAAACAGUGUCUAGACGAAGGAAAGUGCAUCAUGAUUAUCCUGAUACUUGGGAUUUGUCUAAUAUUGGUAAAGACGUUGUAUCCUUCUUUGACGUGGAUGAGCUCAGUGAUGAAUACACUACUGCAACAAAGAGAUUCAAUGAGACUAUAGGAUCCAAUGUCAUCAUAACUCGGGUCCAAAGGAUACAGAAUCCGUCGGAAUACGCCAGAUACCAGAGUCUUAAGAGCACAUGGACAAUGCUUCAUGGGAAGGGAAGCGUCAAUGAGAAGGAGUUGUUCCAUGGAACAAAGAGGGACAAGGUUGAGCCAAUCUGCUCAACUGGUUUUAAUAGAGGAUAUGCUGCUGAUUCUAAUGCUGCUCGGUAUGGUAAGGGGGUCUAUUUUGCACUGAAUGCUUCCUACUCCAUGCAAGAUAAAUACUCCCAUGCUGAGAAAGAUGGCUCAAAGUGUAUAUUGGUCUGUUCUCUUUUGGUCUGUAAGGUAACACGAGGGAAUGAGAAGAUGAAAGUGCCUCCACCAAUACCAGAAAAUCCUCAUAUUUUAUAUGACACUUUAGUGGAGAGGGAACAGAAUCCAACCAUUUUUGUGGCAAUGAAAGACUCUCAAGCUUAUCCAAAAUAUUUGAUAGUCUUUAAAAAGGCUUGAGGAAAACUGGCCAAUUUUUUUGUAGGAUUAUAUUUUUUCUUACCUGUAGCAAGUAUUUUUUGUUAUCAUGGAACAUGAUAGAAAUUUAUUAAUUACUGAUUGUGAUAGAAUACACAAAUGCACUUUUUCACUUGUUGAAAUAAUGGUUUGGUAGCAAUUUAAA